AUGGGUUCCAUGGAAGCCUCCAGUUCACUUUUCCAGCCUCUUAAGCUAGGUGCAGUGACUUUGAGUCACAGAGUCGUCCAGGCUCCAUGUACUCGUAUGAGAGCAAGCAAGGAAUCAGACGGCGUCUAUGUCCCCAACGAUCUCAUGGUCGAAUAUUAUGCACAGCGUGCUUCCCAGGGAGGUCUCAUGCUCACGGAGGCAACUCCCAUCAGCAGGAUUGCUGCCGGAUAUCCAGGUGUCUCCGGAAUCUUCACGGCCUCACAGAUCGCCGGAUGGAAGAAGGUAACAGACGCCAUCCACUCCAAAGGUGCCUACAUAUAUUGCCAAUUGUGGCAUGUUGGCCGCGCAACUGUGCCAUCUUUUAUUGAAGGAAAGGAAGUCCUUGGUGCGAGUGAAAUCCCAAUCUCUGGGAAAGCGAUGGAUGGCAAUGAAUACGCUGCCACGCCCCCACGACCCAUGACCAUUGGAGAAAUACAAGAAACUAUAGCGGAGUAUGCAGUUGCUGCCAAGAGGUCAAUCGAGGCAGGAUUUGAUGGUGUUGAAAUCCACGCUGCGAAUGGCUACCUUCUCGACCAGUUUCUUCACGACAACGUGAACAACCGAACAGACGACUACGGAGACUCCGUUGAGAAACGCUCUCGAAUUGUUCUAGAAGUUAUUGAAGCAGUCUCAAAGGCCAUCGGCGCCGAUCGAGUAGGCAUUCGCCUAUCACCAUACAACUAUUUCCAAGAUACUCGUGACUCAAACCCUAAUGUUCACUGGCUCUCGCUCUGCUCACAAAUCGCAAGCUUGUCUGAAGAUAUGCGGCCCGCCUACGUGCACAUGGUUGAGCCUCGUUUCGACGAGGAGCUGGAUGAAGCCGCUAAGAUGAGCUCACUGCCGGUAGAGAAGCCAUCGCUUAAUGUCUUCCGGCCAACCUUGAAGAAGGGAGGAAUCGCAUUCCUGGCAGCCGGCAACUUCAAUCCUAAAAAUGCAUUGGUAAAGGUAACGGACGAUGAGGCGGAUGCCGUGGCAUUUGGACGUUUGUUCAUGGCCAACCCAGAUUUGCCGAGACGAUUGAAGGAGGGCUUGCCAUUGAACCCGUACGAUCGAUCGACUUUCUACGGUGCUAAUCCUCCUGAGAAGGGAUACACUGACUACGCAUUUUAUAGUAAAUAG